UCUCAUAAUUUAAAUCUUUUUAAAAUUAAAAAUUGUAAAUAUGCCAGCAGCUAAAGUCAUUUAUUUACACAGUGUGUGGACCAGUGUGUGUUGUCAUAAAUUGGCUUCUUAUUGGCCGACUCUAAUUAUUUUUUAUAAUGGCCAACUUGCGACCUCAAUUGGUGUGCCAUAAAGUUGUCUUAAUUUUAAAAUACAAGCCAAAGUUAUGCUCUCAAAGUGCGCAGCAUAGAGUUAUUGGCCUGUUUUCAAAAAUUGCAACAAUAAAAUAUACUUUUAGUGCCUAAUUAUGAUUUGAUAUGCUGCUAAUUGGGAAAUCAUAACAAACAAAGGCAUAUUUAAGAGCUUUUUUAUUGGGCCGUUUUGGCAUUUAGCUGGCUAGGAUCUCGGCACUCAGAUCAUCGACCAAAAAACCAUUCCACCACCUUUUUUUUUUCGAGGUGCAAUAAGACAAGAAAAUUAGCAAAUUCAGCGCUGGUUCAGCAAGUUUAAUCGUCAUUAAAAUCAAACAAACAUCUAUAUUUUAAUAACAUUUUUCAAAAAAACAUAUGUAUCUGAGUUUUUUAUAUCGAAUUAAUGUCACCGAAUUCUCAGGGACAAUACAAUAAAUUAGAGUUAAUUUGAGUGCAAAUAACCCAAUCGCUGGCUAGCAAAGCCGUUUGCAUAAUAAAUUGCAUACUUCCUGGAAGACCAAGACCAAGUCAGUGGUACGAAAAUAGCCGUCGAGAUCAACGCUCCCACAUGUCGGCUCGGAUCUCAGAAUUAUUGCCUUAUGUCACAGAGACUAGCGGGCGAGGCACGAGCGUAUAUCAUAGACAUUUGGCAAUUAGAGCCAAAAAAAAAAAAAGAAUAGGAAAAAAGCGGAACAACUUUGGAACAUCCAACCACCAGCUGAGAACACACAGACGAUGGCAAUUUUCCGAAAAGUCCCCGAAAUUUGCUAGAGGCGUUCCCAUUUUAUUUGGUCAUAAAUCGGGCGUUGAUGGCAACUUAAUGAAGCAAGAUACAGUGUCGAGGACGCCGUGCCACUCCUUAGAUCAGUCUCAAGAUAUAUCUCCUCCAGAACAUAUAUACUCGUAUAUACCUUUUAGGAUCACAGACUGGCAAUUUAGUUUGGGAACCCCGCCAACACUGUCAAUGGCCAACUGCUAAUUGAAACAAUAAACUUUUCCACUUUUCCGCUUUUCCGUCGUCGCUGAGGUCAAGUGCAGAGCAAUGCCCACAGGGCGCCAGUGCAUUGCUAAGAUUCUUCCUCCACUCAAGAGAUAUUUUUGCAAUUUGCAUCGCAUUUAUCAGUUUGUCAAAAUCCGUUGCAGAUGGUUGCAAUCGAGAACUGUGUUAUUAUUAGUUUGUUGGCACAGUCCUAGGGCUAGUCAGCUAGGAAAAAUAAUUUGAAAUAGAAAAGAAAAUAGAAAGCAUAUUAGUGUGUUCGUUUGUCUUGUGGAAAUGGUAUUCUAAAAUUAUUACCUAGAGAGCGAAAACAACGAAAAAAGAAGAACAUUCGGCUAGAGGUGGGUGCGUGAAAUUCAUAGAGAAAGCUCUUCUGUAUGAACCAAAGAGCUUGGAUGACUUGGUCAUGGAAACCCAACAGAGAUCCUCUAUAGGCACACACCCACUCCCUGUUACCUGCGCUCUCUCUCUCUGUCUCUCUCUUAACCUUGUGGCAUUAGAAUUGUUUACACUGGGGAAAAACGCUCGCGAAAAACUAAAGGGGAGAGCAGGAAAAACGCGAAUGCGAAUAGACUUAGUAUGCUUCUCUGAAAACGUUCGGUCAGUCUUAUUUCGAACUUCGCGCCAAGAUAUCUGCACAACUGCUGCAAAACGCCGACCGAUCGCCGCAUUUUUCUAUAUAUGUAUAUAUGCCGAGAACUUAAGCGAAAUAUUUUUAAAAAUAUCAUAAUUCGAGCGGGAUAAAUAAAAUUGCAAAUAAAAAGAGAUCUUAAAGACAGUGCAGCGGAAGUGCAGAAAUAAUUUACGUUCAGAGUCUAAAUAAAAAUUGCAUAAUUUUAUUGGGAAAAAUGUCAUUAAUUUCUCAACGAAGUCGGAACAAUUUCUAAAGAUUUUUCAAUUCGAAAGUGUGGGAAAUUGAGAAAAUAGUUUUUGAGUGAAAAUAUAAAAUAUACAGCAGAGUGCGAAGAACUGUCAUUUCCGAGCUAUUGACUCAGAGCUCGUGCUGAAGAAGAGGUGUGAAUGGUGGUUCUACAGGUACGAUUUCAGCCAAAAGAUGUCCACCCACUGGCGGCAGCAUGCCUGUCUCUAUGCCUGCGGCAUCGCCUUCCUUCUGGCCAUGCUUAUCAUGUUCAUCCACGGUAUACCGAGUGUUCAUAAAGCUAAAGAGGAACUGCCAAAGAGCAACGAAUCGCUGCCCAUCCAUAAUGUUAUAAGUAUACCAGCAGCACCAGUCACGCUGCAUCCCAGAAAAAAUGAUAACUACACUUCGCUGGAUCAUGAUCCUUCCGAUGGCUUUGAGGAACUCAACGAGGAAGCGCACAGCGCCUUGGUAACGCCCACCAAAGUCUACAACUACAGGCUCAGCGAAGGCGAUCUACUCUACGAAUCGAAGCGGAAUAGCGAUAUCAAUAGUUUUCUAAAAGAUUCUGCAUCAGCCUUUAGCAUGACGGGAACGUACAGAAACAUGUCCAAUGAGAUCUGGGAUCCCCAUCCACAGUACAAUCUCAAUGUGUUUGGUCGCCAGUUGCAUUUGGUUCUGCGACAGGAUGCCUCAUUUAUUCAUAACCACUCGAUGCCCCACAUCCGGAUAUUGAGCGAAGAAGAGGAGAACUCUGGACCGGAGACAGAAACAGAUCAGCGUCACCUAGGCUGCUUAUACUCUGGCUACGUUGAGGACGAUCCCCAUUCGAUGGUGUCCGUCUCGCUCUGCGGCGGCAUGACUGGUUAUAUCAAAACGAGUUUCGGCGCGCUGCUCAUUGAGCCGGUGAACAAGACCAGCAGCGAUGAGGUUCUCCACCGGGUCUAUAGGAAAUCGCAUCGCAACGCCAGACAGGCUGUCUCCAAGCUAGAGCUCGGCCUGGACGCUCUGAUGACCCAGAUUGAGCAGGAGCAGGAACGAGAUCGAGAGAACCAGAAACCCGAAUCCCGAACGCUGAAACGACGGAAGCGACACUACGCUGAUGUGGACAAUCAGCUGUAUACGUUGGAGGUGCUAAUAGCCGUGGACUCUAGCAUGGCUCGCUUUCAUGGCGACGACCUGAAGCCCUACAUCUUAAUCCUCAUGUCCAUUGUGUCCAGCCUGUUUGGGGAUGCUAGUAUCGGUAACUCCAUUCGUAUAUCUUUGGUAAAACUGAUUAGGCUUCCCAAUUUCGAUGUUCAACCGGACUCCAGUCAUGAAAUGCUAAAACAAUUCUGCCAAUUCAUCGACCGAUCUGGAUACGAGAGGGACACUGCCAUGCUAAUAACACGCGAACCAAUCUGUGGCAGCGUGCCAGGCAAGAUAUGCCACAUGCUGGGCCUGGCCGAAUUGGGCACGGUUUGCAAUCCCAGUUCCUGCUCCAUUGUCCAGGACACCGGGCUGCCCACAGCCUUUACCAUGGCCCAUGAACUGGGACACGUCCUAAACAUGAACCACGAUGACGACGACAAGUGCUUGCCCUACCUCACCAGGCAGAACAACAACAAGGUGCUCCACAUCAUGUCCAGCGUGAUGGGAAUCCAUAUGCAUCCGUGGUCUUGGUCGAAGUGCUCCCGUCACUUUGUCUCGGAGUUUCUCGAGAAAGCCGACAAGUCAUGCCUGGAGACCUCUGUGGGUGAGACCAUUCCUUAUGUCACCAAGCGUCUGCCCGGAGAGAUAUACUCCCUGGACGAACAGUGCAAGCUAAGCUUUGGCAAUGACUACAACUUCUGUCCCUCGGACGAGGAGUGUCGACGACUCUGGUGCAAUCGAACGUUGGGAAACGCCAACGAUCAAUGCAACUCCAGCAAUCUACCAUGGGCUGACGGCACACCCUGCGGCACCAGUGGCCACUGGUGCCUAAAAGGUAAAUGUGUGUCCAAUAAGCAUGGCUACGGACAUCCGGUUAACGGCGGUUGGGGUCCAUGGACACCCUACACCCCCUGCAGUCUGACAUGCGGCGGCGGAGUACAGGAAUCGCGACGAGAAUGCAACCAACCGGUACCCGAGAACGGUGGCAAGUACUGCAUCGGCAGCCGCAAGAAAUUCCGAUCAUGCAACGUACAACAGUGUCCGCCCGGCAGCAUGGAACCACGCGAACAGCAAUGCUACAACAUGAACGGAAAGAAUCUGAACAUUCAGGGCGUUAGCCCAGACACCAAAUGGGUACCCAAAUACGAAAAGGAUGCGUGCAAGCUCUUCUGCCGCAUGGAGAAUCAGCCCACCUACUUUAAGCUCAAGAACAUGGUCACCGAUGGCACCUCCUGUGCGGUGGACAGCUUUGACAAGUGCGUCAACGGUAUCUGCCGUCCGGCGGGAUGUGACAAUGAGCUCAACUCGAUUGCCAAGCUGGACAAGUGCGGCGUGUGCGAGGGCCGUAAUGACACAUGCCAAGAAUAUACCGGAAACCUGCUCGUUGCCGAUCUCCUGGGCCUGAAUGACGGGAACGAUCCGAACAAGACACUCUAUUUCGUGGCGAGAAUACCAAAAGGUGCCUCUAACAUCAUGAUAACUCAGCGUGGCUAUCAUGAACAGAACUUCAUAGUCCUUAGCGAUGACAGGAAUAAAAACCUGCUCAAUGGCAAUAUGCUUGUGUCAUAUCCAAUGAAGUUUGUCUAUGCCGGAGUUACGAUGCAGUACACGGGAUCUGGCAGUAAGGUGGAGCAGGUGAACACAACCUACUCAUGGAAACUGUCACGUGAUCUCAUUUUACAGAUCAUCUCCCUUGACGUGAGUCUGGCCAAGAAGCAGGAUACCGUACUGAUGUCGUACUCCUAUACCAUUGACAAGCCAGUAAAUACCGAGCUGGUGGAGAUCUAUCGCUGGGAAAUGCAGGCAUCCAGUAACUGUGAUUCCCUCUGCGAGGGCAGAAGUCAUCGCCUGCCAGCCUGCAUCAGCAUUACCCAGGGUGUGAAGGUUGCCCCGCAGUUCUGUGACAAGUCCGCCAUGCCCAAGGUCGAAGAUCGUGCCUGCAACACAGACUGCCACCUUAAUCUCACAGUGACGAGCAUAUCAGAGUGCUCUGCAUCCUGUGGAGAAUUGGGCACCCGCGAGAAGACCUACGCCUGCGUUCAGACCUUCACCAAUAUGCAUCGUUCCAAUGUGGUGGAUAUGUCCUAUUGCAAACUGAAGUUCGAUGUGGCCUACCACGAGGAGUGUCGAGAGGGUUGCUGGAUGAUGUCCGAAUGGUCAUCGUGUUCCAAGUCAUGUGGCACCGGUUCUCAGCAACGUGAAGCUCACUGCUAUCUCCGCAGUUCCCGGGUCAGCGACAAUCUUUGUAAUCCCCGGACCAAGCCCGAUUUAAGUUCUCUAAUCCAGAUCUGCAACCCUCAGUCCUGUCCCACAUACACUACUGAAUCACCUAAUGCAAUUAAUAACUGGGAGGUUGGAGAGUGGGGCGAGUGCAAUGAUUGGUGUCAGGCGAGACGCUCUGUGAGCUGCUCAAAUCCCUAUGGGAUUGGCUGCGCGAGCAGGAGGAAACCCAAAGAGGUCCAGAAAUGCUGCAAUAUCAAGUACACGAGUGAAUGGACAGAGUGUUCGGUGCAAUGUGGCGUGGGCAUCAAGACGAAAAAGCAAACCUGCUCGAGGGUUUACAAGCCAGAGGUUCGCGGCACACCAAAGCGAAAGGUUCACGUUGAUGAGUCCUUCUGUAUUAGUCGAAAGGUAAAAAAGCACACGCUGCGAACCACAACCAAGACCUGUAAGAUCAACUGCAAGUGGAACGCCUCGGAUUGGAGACGAUGUCCGGCCGACUGUUCGGAGGAGUACCAGACGCGAGAUGUUCGUUGCGAGACCCAGCAAGGCCACGGCUUGGAGGACCGACAUUGCGAUGUGAAGAAGCGUCCAUCCAAGCGACGCAUUUGCAACCACUGCAUACGCCGAACGUCAAAGGUCAUCGCACAGUGCAACUGCGAUGGCGUCGAGAAGCGACGGGACAUGUGCUUCAACUCCCACAAGGGUCGUAUCACUUGCCCCACUCGAUCCAGGGUGGAGAGGCACAGCUGCACUCCGCCGGCCCAUUGUCGGAGGAGAAGUGCUUCCAUCGGAAGCAGCAUCAGCAGCAGACCCAGAGGCAGUAGUGCUAACACAAUAAGCCGGAGCUUGAAUGCGAUCAGCAGCCCAAGGAGUCGCGGCAGACCAAGGAGUUGUGCGGAGCUGAAGGAGAUGCAUGGCUACAACAAGGAUGGCAACUAUCAGCUGGAGGUUCGUUCACGGAUUGUGAACAUCUAUUGCCACCAGAUGAGCAGCAGGACACCGAGCGAAUACAUCAACGUGGAUCCGCUGGAAAACUAUUCCAUUUACUACGAGUAUAGGACCAAGCUGACCAACAGCUGUCCCCCGGCGUCACGUAACCACGAGUACUAUAAUGACCAGAACUCCGGACGGACGCAGUUCAGCAAGCUGCGGGUGAACAUCACCGAUCUGCGAAUUCUGGAUAACGACUUUCAGUUCGCUGAAUCGAGAGGAUCGCCACAGAAGCUGGGGUCAGCGGGUGACUGCUACAACCGGAAUGGCCAGUGUCCACAGGGUGACUUCUCCAUCAGCAUGAAGGACACGGAUUUCACCAUACGCCCGGGUACUGUAUGGCGAAUGCAUGGCCAAUUCUCGGUUAUGAAGAAAAGCAGUGAUUUUGAUACCACUUCGAUGAUGCGGAGGGGAUUCUGUGGGGGAUACUGCGGCGGUUGCUAUAUAGCGCCAAAUUCGGGUAUUUACCUGGACGUGCUAUGGCAGGAGCCCCUGAAAAGUCAACGGGAAAGUUUGUUUGACCUUCCCACGGUAAUCGGGUCUACGUCCCGGGAAGGACCAAGGGUUAAGUUAAUCCGAGCAUCCAAGCAUUCGAGGGUUACCCCAGCCAAGCAUUACCAAUACCAAGAGUCCUCGAGUUUUCGAGGGCUGAGUGCACCGACAUAACCAUAAUGUCGUUGGUUAAAAGUAUUCUCGAAUAUUAGUUAGGAUAUAAAGAAAACCUUUAGGAAUCGUUUCGAAGUAGCCCGAACAAAAUCAAAAAAGGACUUCUGUAUAUAUAAUGAUAUAUUUCUCAACCGAAAUUAGUAACUAGAUAUUAUUGCCAUGUAAUGUAUUAAGUAUUGUAAAUACUAGAGGACCUGAUCCUGAUGAUAGCGAAUAAGGCUCUGUUCAUAUAUUACCUCAUCAUCUCUAGGGGGUUGCAUUGCAUUAACUGGGGAAAGUUCAUAACGAUGAUGAUGUAAGAUAUGGAUAGAACCUAAAUUUGAUUGACCAAAAUACAAUCCAUAAGUCGAACGGUGACCGUUAGGUAAUUAAGACCGCUCAGAUUAAACCGUAUUUAUGCUAACUAUAUGCAGUGAUGGGAAGAGUUCCCAGGUACUUGUUAACUUAACCUAGGUAAAGACCAAUGUUAAGAACUCUUUUUACCUUCUACCAAGGAAUGCAUUUUACUGAUGAUUUUACCAUAAAAUAUACGAACUCUAAGUUAACAUAUAUUAUAUUUACACUUUCCUUUUACCCAUUAUCAUUAUGACUAUAAUUCCUUUUCAACCGAAUCUCUAGAUUUAGGAAAUGGUAUUAACCUUUCCAUCACUGAGAAUUUCCGAAAAUGAAGAGCUCGACUAAACUAGUGCAAUGCCGGUCUGUACAAUAAUUGUAUUAGCUAAGCUUAGUUAAGGAAGAGAAAUAGAGAGAGAGAGAGAGAGAGAGAGAGAGAGAGAGAGUUUCGGAGAAAUUGUAUGUGUAACUAAAAAAGAAAACGAAUACUCAUAUUAUUUAGGUUACCCUCCCCGAUACCGCACAAGCCAAAACCAAACUAUAUUCAUUCAUAAUAAUUAACACUGCUGAAGGAACAUUUUGUUUGAUUUAUAACAAUCACUGCCAGACUUUCAAUGUUCAAAACCAUCAUUAUAACCCUAAAUCCUGAACCCCAAAACCCUAAUCCAUAAUCGCCUAAGACCCAAGUACCAAGUAUCCUCGCUGUAUUUUCAUUUUAACUAGCUAGGCUAAUGCAAAACACACACCCAACACACACCAACGUUAACAUUUACGAUUACGUUUUAAUGUCAAUUAAAGGAAUUUAAAGCUGUUACCAACCAAA